AUAAAAUUAAUAAACAAUACUUAUGAGAGGGGUUACAUGCUCUUAGUCUCACUCUCACUGGAUCUCGGGCGAUCUUAUCGGAGAAUAAGAUUCGAGGUGGUAAAUAAAGGGAUCGGCAACCAACAAUGAAUCGUCACCACGACCCCAACCCUUUCGAUGAGGAAGAUGAAGAAAUCGUCAAUCCCUUCUCCAAAGGCGGCGGAAGGGUUCCUGCUGCAUCUAGACCAGUUGGAUUUGGCCAAAGCCUCGAUGCUACUGUUGAUAUUCCCUUGGAUACCAUGAAUGACUCUUCACAGAAACAAAGAAAGCUUGCUGACUGGGAAGCUGAGCUUAGGAAGAAAGAAAUGGAUAUUAAGCGGAGGGAGGAUGCUAUUGCUAAAUCUGGUGUUCAAAUAGAUGAUAAAAACUGGCCCCCGUUUUUCCCAAUCAUACACCAUGACAUUGCUAAUGAGAUACCAGUCUAUGCACAAAAGCUGCAGUACCUGGCUUUUGCUAGUUGGUUAGGUAUUGUUUUGUGUCUGGUAUUCAAUGUGAUUGCAACCAUGGUGUGCUGGAUUAAAGGCGGAGGUGUAAAAAUAUUUUUCCUUGCCACGAUAUAUGCGUUGAUUGGAUGUCCACUUUCUUAUGUUGUAUGGUACAGGCCUCUCUACCGAGCCAUGAGGACUGACAGCGCUUUGAAGUUUGGUUGGUUUUUCUUCACUUACUUGAUUCACAUUGGUUUCUGCAUCGUUGCCGCCAUUGCCCCGCCCAUCUUUUUCCAGGGGAAGUCUUUAACGGGUGUGCUUGCAGCAAUUGAUGUCAUCUCAGACAGUUUAUUAGCAGGGAUCUUCUACUUUAUCGGUUUUGGUCUCUUCUGCUUGGAGUCACUUCUGAGUCUAUGGGUUCUUCAGAAAAUUUACCUCUACUUUAGGGGGAACAAGUAAAACGAAGGGAGACAGGACAGGGUGGUGGUAAUUUUCCCCUUAGAUAAAAAAAGGUUUGAAAUAUCUCGUAUGAAUGUAAUUACCAUUUUACCGUUUGGGUGCGUUAUGUUGUGGUAAAUUUCUUUAGUUACUAUAGUUGCAAGAGAGAGAGAGAAUGGGUUUGUUCGGCCAUUUCUGUAGGGCUUUUUUCUUCAGUGUCUGUAGCACAAUAUCUACUCUGGAUAUUUGGAUUAUUUUUUCUGUGAGUUGAACUAUUAAGACAACCAUAGCCACAAACUAUUUCGAGUCU